AUGCGAGGGCUCACUUCUAUUGCUAUAGAAGAUGAGAUGCAUGUUCACGGAACUGUUAUGGACAGUCGCACAGAGUUCUGCUCGAAGGAUCCAAUUGCCCAAGCGCGUCUUCGGCAAAAUAACUAUGGACGAUAUUAUUUUAUCGACUCCAAAAUCUUUGAAAUAUUGGCUUACAAUUCGAUUCAUGUAUGCUUAAGCCUAGCGCGAAUCCAAAACAACCUAGAAAGAUGUACCGUGGUACAAAGAGCAUGCAUGGUUGCUAGAGGCUGGCGAAUCAUAGCCACACAUGCUUGA